AUGGUGGCCAUGCUUCCUCUCGCCGGCUUGCUUGGCCUCGUCUUGCUACCUAAUGUCAGUGGCCAGCCCACGGAGCCGCAGAUCACACAGGCUCCAGAACACAAUGAGUUGGAUCUGCGCCAGGCAGAUGAUCUCUUGGGUUGGACGAGCGUCGGCUCCUCAUAUGCAUCUGUAGGAUGCUCGCCAAACUCUUACUCUACUUUGGGGAACUGGGCGGCCUGCGCUGACCAGCGAGGCAUCCCCACGGGAUGCUCUGGCGUGGGCACCGUCCUCUAUUCUUCGACUACCGUUGUGUGCACGUCGCCGUAUCCGGUUUGCGACACUGCUACCGUAAUGGAGAGCCCGGGCGCCUCCUCCUACCUUGGAAUCAUUCGAUGUUUCCAGGGUACGUCCACGACGCCUCGGUUGACGUACUUCAGGACUCCCGGAGGAAGUGUCUCAACCUCCUCCUCAUCCGCGAGGACCACCACGAGGACCACGACCGUUACCUCGACCUCGACCUCGACCUCAACCUCAACCACAACAAGUUCGUCGUCGGCAGGGGACGAGUCGACGAGCACGGACGGCACAAGGAUAAUCGUUUUUGGAUCGUCGACGACAAGCACGGGCGUGGCGACUGGGACUGCCAUCGGAGGCAGCGGGGGAAGUGAUCAGUCAGGCGGCGGACAGAAUCUUGCAUGGAUCGCGGGUCCCAUCAUCGGUGGACUGGCCGCCAUUGCCAUCGUGAUCCUCCUCAUCUGGAUCGUCAAGCUCCUACGGAAACGCAACGCCGAGCAGCAGAAUCCGCAGCAACCAUCACCCGGCGCUCCCCAAAUGGCUCAGCCCAACAUGGGCCAGCCUCAUACCUUCACCGAGGCAUACGCGCCACAAAAGACGACCCCGACCCCUUCCACUCAAGUAGGGUCCGUGUACGUGCCAGAACUGCAUUCGUCGAGUGUCGUAUCAUCCGAGCUGCCCGGAUACGCUAACCAGGUACAACCCGCCGAGCUGCAAGGGGCGUACUAUCCUCAACAGCCUUAUCCUCAGCAACAACCAUACCCUCAACAACAACCCUACCCCCAGCAGCAGCCAUACGCCCAGCCUCAAUACCACCAGCAACAGUACGCCCAACAACCAUAUCCUCAGCAGUCUCCCCCUCCUCAGCAGUCAUCGCCACCGCUUCAUCAGUCUCACCCGCAGGCUCCGCACCAACAGUGA